AUGGAGAACCGAGAUGGAUGGGCCGACGCGGAGACGAGCGCAACGGAGAAUUCCACAGAACGGUCCCAGGCCGAGAGAGACCGAGUCCGGAUCGAAUUUUACGCUACGUACGAUGUCAUGACCGGUGUCAGAAUAGCCGCCACGUUGGGUGGCUUUUUUGCUUUAAUGGUGUUUUUAAUCGUGUACAAGAGCCGCAGUAAAUCGGUGAAAGCCCUGAACGAUCCGAAACUGGUCGAACUGGCCGAGGCCGUCGUGGCCGAGGAGCAGGCCGUCGAAGAGGAGAGGCAGCUGAACGCGGCGAUAGAGGAAGCUCUGUCGGAACGAGCUAGGUCUCGCCCCUCGUUGAGCGAAGAUCCGUCGUGGCCGCGGACGUCGAGGUUUUCGUCGUACGGCGGCGGCUACGGCAGUCUGUUGGCACCGCCCGGGAGACUUUCGGCUUCGCACAGAGACUCCUUACCCGGGUCGGCUUUAAAAUUUAGUGAGAGACGCUUUUCGGGCGGACCGCGCGAUCGCCGUCUCAGUUCGGCGACUUGUUCUAGUUCGGGCAGUUCCUAUUUAGAGAGACGCGGUUCGUCGGUGGUGUGUGCGCUUCCGGAGCGGCGCCUCUCGCCCUGUCCUAGUGAAAGAUUAGCUCCCUUGGCUUCGGUCGGCAGCGUAGGUGCGUCGUUCGCCGUAGAGAGCGACAUCGCCUCUGUGGGAGCGGAUUCCGUGUUCGCUGAAGACGAAGCCGAUUCCACCGAUGACGAAGUCGAGCAGUUUUCGACAGAUAGCGGUGGAGUUACAGAGGUCGGCGCACCGGACUGCACGGAACUCACCACCCGGCCCGUCUGCUCCUCUAGCUUCGACCGUGCCUCACAUUCUCGUGAAACAUUAUUCUAG